AGUUAUUUUUGAUCAUGGGUGCUGAGAUCAAAAAAGUGUUCUUCGCAACGUUAGCCGUACUUUUGAUCCAGGUAGUGCACUGCGCAAAAGAUGCGGACCACGAUGAGGUCAAACAGGAUCUUGACACCUUGUUGAAACAUCAGGAAGAAAUUAAGGAUAACGUUGACUCGCGUUUGGGGGAGGGUCGUAGCCAUAUAGAAUCAGCGCGAGAGGACAUCAAGUCUGCCAUUAGCUGCUUUGCAGUACAUGAAUCGCUGAGUAAAGUUGUGUCUUUCCUGCGUGUCAACGAAGAAAAGUGCUCGAAAGAGGCCCAUGAAGCCAUCUGCAAGAAUUUAUGUCUGCUAUUGAAGUACACCGAUUCUCUCGGAGGCGAGUGUCAAGUUCGUGAAUCUCGCAUUGGUAAAGACGUGGUCAAAAUGAAGCAGGUUCAGUUGGAAAAGGUCGGUUCGGUUUGCCAUUGGGACGAGGAGAAAGACCGUGCCCUGCAAAAGCUGAGCAGGGCUGGAAACGCGUAUGAAAGUGACGUGGUGAGGAGCGGGUGGGAAUCGAGAAAGGCUAUCAACACCAUCUACAACGGGAUCGCGGUGUUGAAAAAGGUUGACGUGGAGCUGAGGGGGGGACAGAGGUGCCCCACAAGUCGCACUCAGGCCAGAAGGAUCGUCGAAGCAGCCCUCGAACUUCGUCACAAAUUCCACUGUUUCGCGGAGUGAUCGGACUUGUCUCUGGAUCGGACCCUCGGAGAAUAUGGAGAAUCGAGCACACGUGAACAACGACUAUUAAAUAUCGUUUAGCAAAGACAAUUUUGAAAUAAAGUCACGGUUUAUUGCACAAGAAA